AUGGCCUCGAUAGACCCCGUGGUAGCCGCGGAGGUGGCCAGGCGUUCCGACGAUGGCAUCGCUUUCCGCGCGCGGCCCGGCCACACUCACCACACCUGGGCGCGCACCUUCUCCUCCCUCCCCGAGCUGUACAUCCAGCCCGAGUCCGUCGCCGAGGUCGAGAAGGCCAUCGACAUCGCCAGGGUGUGCCGGCGGCGCAUCACCACCACCGGGUGUGGGCACUCGCCCUCCAACAUUACCUGUACGUCGAGCUGGUUGGUCAACAUCGACCGGGUCGACCAGGUCCACUCCAUCGAUCCCGAGACGGGCAUAGCUGUCGUCGGCGCCGGCAUGCGUCUGUACGCCCUGUGCGAGGAACUCGAUCGCCAUGGCCUUGCCAUGCCGAACCUGGGCAGCAUCACCGAGCAGUCGGUUGCGGGGGCCAUCUCGACGGGUACACACGGCAGCAGCUCCCGCCACGGUCUGAUAUCAGAAAACAUCGUUGCGUUGAAGAUCACACUCGCAAGCGGCAAGACGGUUUCCUGUUCUGCGGACGAGAACCCCGACCUGUUCCGAGCCGCCCUCAUCUCCCUCGGCGCAUUGGGUAUCAUAACCGAAAUCUCCAUCCGCGCCGUUCCCGCCUUCAACCUCAAGUGGGAGCAGACCAUCGACUCCGACCAGAAGCUCUUUGACGCGUGGAAUCGCGGGUUCUGGGAGCAGAGCGAGUUCGUCAGAGUGUACUGGCUCCCGUACACUAGACGGGCGGUCGUCUGGCGCGCCGACAAGACCGACGAGGAGCUCACGCCCUACCACGCCAACUACUUCGACGGCCCGCUGGGCUUCCACAUCUACCACAACCUGCUCGCUCUCUCCAACUGGAUCCCUGCCAUCCUGCCCUGGGUCGAGUGGUUCGUGUACGGCAUGCAGUGCGGCUUCGCCAACGGCACCACCGUCUCCGCCUCCCAGCCCUCCCGCCUGGCCCUCCUCCUCAACUGCCUCUACUCCCAGUUCGUCAACGAAUGGGCCCUCCCCCUCCACAGGGGUCCCGAGGCCAUCGCCCGCCUCUCCUCCUGGCUCAACCGCCUCACACCGACCGACCGCGGCUACGUGCCACACGGCAUCCCCUUCUCCUCCCGGGGACUCUACGUCCACGCGCCCCUCGAGGUCCGCGUCACCGACUCGACUGCCAACCCUUCCCCCCGCCCCUUUCUCGACCACUCCUGCGCCGACGGCCCGACCCUCUACCUCAACGCCACCCUCUACCGCCCCUACCUCCGCGACCCGCCCGCCCGCGCCCGCUUCUACGAGGCCUUCGAGUGGCUCAUGCGCGACAUGGGCGGCCGCCCCCACUGGGCCAAGAACUUCGAGUCGUCCCGGGGCGACGUCGAGGCCGCCUUCGGCGCCGACCUCGACGCCUGGCGCGCCGUGAGGGACGGGGUGGACGGGGAGGGCAUGUUCGUCGGGCCCUGGCACCGCCAGCGUGUCAUGCCCGAGGGACCCAGGCUGCCCCGCGAGGAAGUGGAGACGUCGAGGGAGAAGGCGUCGGACGGCGGGCUCCUGACGUUUGCGACAGUCUCGUAG